CAAUUCCCACUUGUGUAAAAUGAGAGUCGGAAGUAGAUGCUAUCUGGACUUUCUGAUCAUUCUGGGUACAAACAAGUUUCCCAAGGAGACGGAGUUUGGGAAAUGUAUAUAGGGGGGCGGGGCCCAGUUGCGUUCACACUGCCCACAUUCUGUAAUCCCCCUCUUCAAUCUCCAACUCCUCUUGCGUGGUCUCCUGUUGGUCAUCCUGCACCUCACGGCCACGCAAGCAACUUCCCUCACAGCCCUAGGAGCCUACCCUAUUAGAUGGGGCCAUAGGGUUUGUGUCGCAGGAGCCUUUGACACGUCACAAUGCGCAGGGGAGCCCCUACCUAGGGCCCUCGAUUCCCACCAGAAAGGCCCUCGGAGGCUGUAGUGGUUGGGAUGUCGCGCGUGUGCGAGUGUCCUCUGCGGCUGGAAAAGGGCUUCAUCUUGGAUGGUGUGGCCGUGAGCACCAUGGCCCGCACCUAUGAGCGCCUGAGGCCCAAGGUCUGGUCGGCGAUUCCGCCCUACAACGCUCAGCAGGACUACCACGCCCGCCGAUACUUCCGGAGCCGCGUGGUUCCGCCAGUGCUGCGCCGGACUGAACAGGAUCUCGGGGGCACAGGCAGGGAUGGCUGGAUAGUGGAUUAUUUCCACAUCUUCGGGCAAGGACAGAGAUACCUGAACCGGAGAAACUGGGCAGGGGCAGGGCAUUCCCUCCAGCAGGUGACAGGGCAUGAUAACUACAAUGCUGAUCUGAAAAUGAUCAACGGGUUCAAUGGUCGGUAUGGCUAUCGCAGGAACACCCCAGACCUCCGCCAGCGCCCAUCGGUCUUUGGAGAGGUCACCCGAUUCCCUCUCUUCUGACAGCAUCUCUUCCCUUCCCACCCCUUGACCUGAAUAGAAGACAGAUGUUUAGACGAUCUCUCAAUUCUAUUUUUAUAUAAACAGUGAUGUUAUUGUGC